CCUCUCCCUUCCGCAGUGGAAAUGUGGACCUCCUGCACUGUUAAGGUCCACGAUUGCUGGGCCUCUACUUCAGUUACUUUGAAACGGUGUCUGAGAUUGGGGGUGGCCAUGGCAAAAAGCAAGUUUGAGUACGUACGGGACUUCGAGGCUGACGACACUUGCCUCCCUCAGUGCUGGGUGGUAGUGCGGCUGGACGGCAGGAAUUUCCAUCGGUUUGCUGAGAAGCACAACUUUGCAAAACCUAAUGACAGCCGUGCUCUCCACCUAAUGAACAAAUGUGCCCAGACUGUAAUGGAAGAACUGGAGGACAUUGUGAUUGCAUAUGGACAAAGUGAUGAAUACAGCUUUGUGUUCAGGAGGAAAAGCAAUUGGUUUAAAAGAAGAGCCAGGCUUUGAUGGAAGAGUUGUCGUGUAUCCUAGCAACCAGACUUUAAAGGACUACCUCAGCUGGAGGCAAGCAGAUUGUCACAUCAAUAAUCUUUAUAAUACAGUUUUCUGGGCACUUAUUCAACAAUCUGGACUAACACCAGUACAAGCUAAAGACAGAUUACAGGGAACUCUUGCAGCAGAUAAAAAUGAGAUCUUGUUUUCUGAAUUCAAGAUCAACUACAAUAAUGAGCCGCUGAUGUACAGGAAAGGGACUGUGUUGAUAUGGCAGAAGGUGGAUGAAGUCACGACAAAAGAAGUUAAGCUGCCAGCAGAAAUGGAAGGGAAAAAGAUGGCUGUAACCCGGACCAGAACGAAGCCAAUACUCUUACACUGUGAUAUCAUUGGGGAUGCUUUCUGGAAGGAACAUCCAGAGAUCCUUUAUGAAGACAGCUGACACUCUGCUCUUCAAUUCUGCUGUGUUUAACCAUGCAAGGCUCCCAGGUCUUCUUGCCUUAGGUGGCCCUAGCAUUCCUGCCACCCAGAACUGUACCAGGAGUGACAUGACUUGAGUUGGGAGGGAGCAGGGAAGGAAGGAAUUGAUGGGGGUGGUAUAUCUUGUUCUCUUAAGCAGAACACCUCUUUUGCAAUGUUAGAACAUGAUUUCUGUGGGGUUUUUUUCCAAAAUCGUGGUACUAUUUUUAUAAAGUAAGAACUAUUUAAUGCCUUGUGAGAUGAGUCAUUUUUAGAUUGUGGCUUAAGCCUUAUAAAAACCUGUCAGCUCUUUUCACCUAUGAUAGAAAAGAAGCCCAAACUUUACUCUCACCCACGUAUUCUUAACUAGAGAACCCAGUGACUUUGAAUAUCUCACUUCUGUACCCAUGUACUUGGAUAAUCUUGAUAGACCUGAAGAUAAAUAUGAGCUAAAACCUGCCUGGUGCCUCUGAAUUCCAGAUAUUCCAGGGAAAACUCAGGGCUUUGUGCAAGUCUCCAAAUCAGCAGUUUUGGCUGAAUAAAUGAGUAGUGGUAUUAGAUACCCUUGUGUACACCCUCCAAGGACUGAUUUUAUGGAGUUGCCAGCAUGAUGAUGAUCAUCAUCUUGCCGGAAGCAUAUGCUAAAGCCACUUACCUUUUUCUAAGUACAUGUGAGAUAUGAAAAAAGAAAAUAUGUGAGAAUGAGUAAAAAUGGAAACCAUUUUUUACUCCAUGUCCUCUAGAUAAUUCCGUUUUAAAAGCUGUCUUCCAGUUCGGCUGUCUGAAAAAGAUUGAAAAGUGGUCUCUACGUAAUCAGAAAAUGACAUUUGAAUUCAAGAGCAGAGGGGUCAACAUAGCCCUUGGGGCAGCUGUCACAUGAGUCCUACUAACUCCACCUCCUAAUGGGCCAGUGGAGCUAGGAGAGCUGCAGAGGUGAUGGUAUGCUGGGAGCUGUUGAAGUGUGAAGGGGGCGGGAAGUCAUGGUGGUGGGUGGUGAGUAGCUUACAUUCCUCUUGUMCUUACUUUGUAUAUUAGAGGAAGAAGAUUAUUUGGCUCAAUUAAGAUUUAAUUAAGAGACAGCCCAUGUCCCAGUUGCUGGUCUUGCAUUGCAGAAUUUACAGCCAAGAAGAAAAUGUAUUUUUGAAAGUGUGACGGAUGGCCUCAUCCUUCAGUAAUUGACACCCCAUCUGUCGAUGCCAUUUUUUUCCUUCCUGCCCCCCCCCCCCACUCCACAGGAAAAGAACAAGUAUCUCAUGUUUGG